UGCGCAGUCAUACACAGUCAUGUUUCCACAAAUCUGCACUCGCUGACAGAAAGUCAGACCAAUACAUGUGCUCUUUCGAUACGCCUACUUUCUUUCGACACACCCAGUCUCUGGCCGCCUUAUCGGGCUGCAGCUAUCCCUUUCUCAUGUUAGUAUUUACAGUGAUUGGCCAGCAUAGGCCAUGUACUGGUGCAUUCAAGACAACUGGGAACUCGGGAGAAACGAUGUCGUCAUAUCAUGACGUUGGAAGUUGGAGAAUUCCGAGGUCCCAGUUGUUUUGAACGCGGCAUUACGAAUCAAGAGACUUCUUUCAGGACUGUGACCUUGGAUUAUAAUGAUGGUGAUGACUAUGAUGAUACAGAGGGAAUCGCUGAACUUACAACAAAACCAGAAGUCACAGAAGAAUGGAUGUCAGUCAUGGAGGCAAAACUCCCAGAGUUACCAGUUCAUAAAAAGGAGACCUCAAGAACGAAAUGUGAGUCUCCAAAAGAAUAUAUUCAGCUCCAAAGUGAUACAGGGAUGAGUGUACCAGAAAUACAGACAAGGAUGAAAGAUCAGGCCAAGAUACUGUCACCACUAAAGCCUUUCAGUGAGGGAUAUGAGGCUGCAUUCCUCAGGGACAGAAUGCGAAGGCUCUGCAGAAGAUCAGGACCUCCUUUCUCGCUGUUCUCCCCUACGGAAAGCCUGGGGGACAUACUGUACAGGAAAACCAAGCAUGUGUUUGACUACACAGUCACGGACAUGAAAGACAAAAAGCCUGGUGUUUCAAGGUGUGGUUCCAAUCUAAACCAAUGUGUUAGACCAGCCCUUCCAGUACGGAAGGGCUUCAAUGUAUCCACAUCUAGGUACAGCCAGAGAAGGGAACAAUCAAUUGAUCAGAUGACGGUGAUCAGAAAAGAUCAUGUCGGUAGGCCUUUACUAAUGCUGAAAGGCAAUGCAAGUCUAACCAACAGUGAUGGAAGCAACAACACAGAUUCAUUUGCUUAUUCACCCAGACUCACAAAGGGUAAACCAUCAACCUCCUCUCAGCCAGGACCUGACACCAGGAUCCCACCAGUUGUAACCAGGAAGCAUUCUGACAUCAUCAGAGAGGAAAGAAAGAGGGACUACUACAAAGACCUGUGUCAGCAGGUGGAGGAGAAGAGACAACAAAAAGCGAGGGAGAGGAGAAGGAUUACCACCGCCGAACAAACUCACAAUGAGACAAUGCAGUUCUUCACCUGGGGGAUGCCAGGGAGCGGAGCCCCAAACUACCACCUGGACUCUGUGAGAAGGAACAAGUUCAGUUCCACAGAAAUGAUACCCCAGGAACAGGUAUCCAGGGAACAAGGGAACAAAGUAAAAGUUUUAGGCUUUUGCUUAGUAUGAAAAUAAUAUGGGUUAGGAUCAGGGUUAGGAUUAGAAUUUUAGGUAAGGAUUUAAUUGUAACAAAUGUUACAAUUAACCUCCAUUACAACUCUAAUCCGAGUCUUAAUAAUUAUUGUCAUCAACUAUAUAUAAACAAUUAUUUAUGGAUUUAAGCAAAAUUUCCAAGGCAGGUACUGUAGCUACACUAACCAAACAUUAGCACAUUGGAUAACAGCUGUCUAAGUUAGUUCUAAUUUGAGUUAUUUAGUUACUUUGCCCGUGUUACUUUGUUCCCCGGUCUAACCCACUACCAUUCACUACAUAGAAGCAGGUAAACCUUUGUUAACAGGGCCCAUAUUCACAAGAUGUCUGAAUUGGAGCACUGAUCUAGAAUCAGUUUUAUUUUUAUUUUUUUUUCAUGUUUGAGGUCAUUUGAAAAGGAACAGGAGUACCGCAAUACUCUAGGAGCUCAGAUGCAAUAAUUGAAUAACCAACGUUUCGACAGACAAGCUGUCGUCAUCAGGGUAUAAUGACAAGCAC